AUUAAGUCAAGUUGUGGUUCCUGCGGCAGGAGUAUGUGGAGUCCGGGGGCCAGGUGGCGGGAAAAAGCAGGUGGCCCCCAAAGGUGGGAGGGGGGAAUGCAAGUGAGAGUAGAGAGAGAGAGAGAGAGAGAGAGAGAGAGAGCGAUGUCGUGCUUGGGUAGGCUGUGAGCGGGAGGGAGCGGGGGGGAGGCUACCCGCUGAUUGGCCUGCGGAGGAUCCGGCGGCCACUCACAACCAGAGACACACAGAGAGCGAGCGAGAGAGCGAGAGAGAGGGAGGUGGAGAAAGGAGAGGACACGAAGGCGUGCGGGUGGACUGUCAGAAGGCCAGGUCGCCCCCACGGGACAGAGCAAACUCUCAGCAGCCUCUGCCUACCCCCUCGAUCCUGCCGCAACCCCGACACCUCAGACCCCUCUAAGACCGACAGCACCACCCCCACCCCCACCCCCCACUCACUGGCCACACACACAAAUCCCCCUACACCCCUGCCGGGGCCUGGCCGCCCCCAUGAUGAGAGAGGAGGGAGUCCUGAGCCGCCGCCGCUUCUCCACGUGUGGGGGGGUCUCGGGAGCCUUCCCCCCUCGGCCUGAUGGACGCCGGCUCAUCCGCAACGCGUCCUUCGGGGGCUACAACGAGCUCAAGCCCAUCCUGCCAGGGUUCGACAGGGUGAGGGAUGACGUCCUGCCACUCAGGGAAGACUCCGCCCAUUCCAUCUCCAAAAGUAAGUCCGAGUCUAAGCUCUACAAUGGGUCCGACAAAGACGUGUCCGUGGCUGGGAGCAAACUCAACAAGAAGGAGUCCCUCAAGGUACAGAAGAAGAACUACAGGGAGGAGAAGAAGCGCGCCACCAAGGAGCUGCUGAGCACCAUCACGGACCCCUCUGUCAUCGUUAUGUCCGACUGGCUAAAGAUCCGGGGCACUCUGAAGAGCUGGACCAAGCUGUGGUGUGUCCUGAAGCCGGGCGUGCUGCUCAUCUACAAGACGCACAAGAGCGACCAGUGGGUGGGCACCGUACUGCUGAGCGCCUGCGAGCUCAUCGAGAGGCCCUCCAAGAAGGAUGGCUUCUGCUUCAAGCUCUUCCACCCGCUGGAGCAGUCCAUCUGGGCCGUCAAGGGCCCCAAGGGGGAGGCCGUGGGCUCCAUCACGCAGCCGUUACCCAGCAGCCACCUGAUCUUCCGCGCCGCCUCUGAGUCCGACGGCCGCUGCUGGAUGGACGCCCUUGAGCUGGCUCUGAAGUGCUCCGGUCUGCUGAAGCGUACCAUGAUCCGGGAGGGCAAAGAUCAAGAGCAGGGGUCUGUGUCCGAACACUCCCAUGUCAACUUCUACCACCUGCUGCGAACCCACAACCUACAAGGGCCCGAAGGCUUCCAGUUCAACGACAGCGAGCAUUUCAAGGACCCGGACCUGUACUCGGACAAGUCGGACCGGGAGAACGAGCAGGACCAGGAGUCGGAAAAUGAGGGCCCGGAGAAGAGCGAGGAGAGUGACAGCGAUACGUCGGAGCAGCAGGACGACUCCUGUGUGGGCAUGGAGCCGGGGGAGGGCCUGCAGGAGACGCACUACAUGGAGCAGUCCCACGAGGAGCUGGGGGAGGCUGGCGAGGCCUCUCAGACAGAGACCGUGUCAGAGGAGAACAAGUCUCUGAUGUGGACCCUACUGAAGCAGGUCAGGCCCGGGAUGGACCUGUCCAAGGUGGUUCUACCCACAUUCAUCCUGGAGCCACGAUCUUUCCUGGAUAAGCUCUCUGACUACUACUACCAUGCGGACUUCCUCUCAGAGGCGGCAGUCGAGGAAAAUGCCUACAACCGCAUGAAGAAGGUGGUGAAAUGGUACAUCUCUGGAUUCUACAAAAAACCAAAGGGUUUAAAGAAACCGUACAAUCCCAUUAUUGGCGAGACCUUCCGUUGCAUGUGGAUUCAUCCCAGGACCAACAGCAAGACCUUCUACAUCGCAGAGCAGGUAUCCCAUCAUCCACCAGUGUCGGCCUUCUAUGUGAGCAACAGGAAGGAUGGCUUCUGCCUCAGCGGCAGCAUCCUGGCCAAGUCCAAGUUUUAUGGGAACUCAUUAUCAGCCAUAUUGGAUGGAGAGGCACGGCUCAGCUUUUUGAACCGUGGGGAGGAUUACGUCAUGAAUAUGCCUUAUGCUCACUGUAAAGGUAUCCUCUACGGCACCAUGACCCUGGAGCUGGCAGGGCAGAUCUCGAUCGCCUGCGAGAAGACAGGCUACAGUGCCCAGCUGGAGUUCAAGCUGAAGCCCUUUCUGGGAUCCAACGACAGUGUGAACCAGAUCUGUGGGAAGAUCAAACUGGGAAAGGAGGUGCUGGCCACCUUGGAGGGACACUGGGACAGUGAGGUGUUCAUCAGUGACAAGAAGACAGGUCUGGUGGACAACUUCUGGAACCCGACGCCGGAGCUGAGGCAGAGCCGGCUGACCCGGUGCACGGUGCCCCUCGAGGAGCAGGGGGGCUUUGAGUCUGAGAAGCUGUGGCAGCACGUGACCAGGGCCAUCGUCAACAAGGACCAGACGGAAGCCACCAAGGAAAAAUUCCUGCUGGAAGAGGCCCAGAGGAAGUCGGCUCGCGAGCGCAAGGCCAAGUGUGAGGCCUGGAGCCCAGUGCUCUUUGAGCAGGACCCCAUCACGGGGGAGUGGCACUAUCGCUAUGCCGACACACGGCCAUGGGACCCCCUGAAUGAUCUCAUUCAGUUUGAGAAAGACGGCUGCAUCCAGACCAAGGUCUGCCACCGCACUCCUAUGGUACGUUCUGCCAGCGUAAUUAGUCUCAGUAACCAGGGCUCCAGGAGAGACCAUUACAAAUGCCAGGUCACCGUGCCCAAGCGGAAACACAAACAGAGUGACCAGACAAAGAGCCCCGAGAGCGGAGCCUCCUCACCGGAGCCCGACCGCCAUGACUCUUCCGGGAGCGAGAGGCAUAAGAACAAGCAGGGGGGUCGGUUGAGGAGAAAAGCCACAGACCUGAGUGAACUUCAGCGUGCCAUCGACUCCAUAAAGCAGACACAAGAGGACAUUAAUCGGAGCAUCACAACACUCCGUAGCCGAGCCGUCAGUGACCAAGUGCCACCAGAGGGCAGCCUCUUGCACCAUCGCGACUACGUCAUUAUCAUCUUCCUCGUCCUCGUCCAGGUUAUUGUCAACUUUCUCUUCAAGUGAUGGCAGCAGCACCUGGAGGAGAGCCAUGCUACACGGCAACUUCCUCCGCCGUCAUUCAAGACCGGGAGCCCAAACUGCACACUCGCUACUGACGCGCAUUCUACCAUAUUGCCACCAGGGGGCAGCAAAGCUCACCUGACACGCUUGCAGACACUUCAAUUGUUCUAGUAUCUGAACAUUUUGUGUAUUUUAAACGUCUAAAUGGCAGUGAGUCCAUGUGGCAUAGAAUCUGUUUGAAGCCUCCACAUAUGAUAGGUUGUUAAAAAAAAAAGGACAUAUGUUGGUCUCGGAACAGAUUUCUCCCACCGUUUCAGGAUGUUAAAGCCUUUGAAUUGCUGAAGAAAGGGUGGUUCAUUUUCUCGUCGUUAAGUUAUUUCCUCUGCCUUUUUAAAGAUAUUUUUUAUGUUCCAUUUUUGGGCUUUUCAUUAUGUUUCUAUAGUACACGGUGCUCUGUGAGCAGACCAGUACGUGCGGAAGGGAUUCGGGGGCUGUUCAUGGGGGGUGUUGGUGAGCAGUGUACCUUUUUAAAGAAACAUUAGGGCAUAACUUAAUUGCGAAUCAGAAUUUAAAUAACAGAUUAGUCAUACCUCAUUUCCAGUUCUCAUAGAAAGCUUGGAUGUUAACAUCGUGCGUUGGGAGAUCUUAAAGUGGAAAAAUAAGCUUUCUUUUGAGUUUUGGUCCCCCUGGAGAAUACUGAUAGCUGACUGAGUAGGAGAAUAAAGGAGAUUAAAUUUUCAUGUAGCAUCUAAUGUAGGUAGUUAGGAGACCUCGCUGUUUCCCUUGGUUAGAAUAUUUGAUGUGAAAACGUAAUACAGUACAUAGAUUAGAAGCAGCACAUUUGAAGAGAAAUUGUAAGUAGUGAGUAGAGCGUCCUAGUGGUAGCAUGUUAGCACGUCCAUACCCAUAAGCAGGCCUAUCUGUGUCUCCCGGUCACUAGCCUCUGUGUCACUGCUCAUCUCUCCUUUGUCUGCUUACCACAGGAAGCAGGAAUGGACUAUGGCAAAGGAAUCGACUUCAUAGUGCCUUCCAGGGUGGGUUUUUAGGAGGGACGGCCACUCGGAUCGCGAUGUUGUAUUUAUGUGCCACCACUAGCGGGCCGUCGCCUGUGUGUCCCCAGCGUGCGACCCCUAACCUCUCUCCCGACCGGUUUCAGCCUGUUCGUUCUUUCUGUUCACGCUCAGUCUCUGAGCAGGGUACCAGGAGAGCAGAGCCAUUUUUAUUAAAUUGUUUUUUGUUUUUCACGUUUGUCGUGAAAGCACUCUUUAUUUCCCCGACGCAGCGGCCCAGGGUCUCAAGGCUCGGUGAAACUUGUCUGGACGUGACACAGCAAUUCAUAACGCCGUCCCUCUCUCUUGGCUCUCUCACCGUACUUUUAAUAUUUUUAAUAUUUAUAUUUGUAUGAUUUAAGAGGGCCCCGUAUGUCUCGACGUGUCAAAUAAAUUGGAGAAAUUGCAUAAUCUCAGCAUCGUUGCCCAUUUUCUUGUUUAUCUGUGGGAUAAAGUAGGACAGUGGGCUUUGUAGAUGUUUUGUGUGCCUGUCCUCUUGUGCUGCUUAAACACUGCGCCGGGGCUGUAGAACCACUUUCAAUUAAAAUUUCCAGAAACCCCC